UCUCGCUCACUUUCACAAGCGUCAUCGGCAUCCCGCGUUAAAACGCGCCGUGCUUACUCUCGCCGUCACCCCGAGCCAAUGCGAGUGACCGCGAAUGAACCCAAGCCUUCGAUAAGAAAACAAACCGCUCUCUCUAGAACGCGAGAAUUUCAAAGCUCGUGUCUUGCUUAACAGAUCACCAUCAUCGAUCUCAGAAGAAUCUAAAAGCAUUCGUUUCAUUUCUUUUGAUUCUAACGCAAAAUAUUUUCACAGAAACGAACACCACGUCGUCGGAUCCGAAGUGGCUCCGAACCUGCCGCGGCGCAUCUCCUCCCACCAGUCGACCCCCGCGUACUGGUCACAGUCCCUUUAAAAUUUGAAUCAGUGUCGGUUAACGAGCACCAGCCAGCGCCUUAUCGCGCGGUACUACAGCAGCGGUACGAUAAUGUGUGUCCGUCGUAAUUUCGCCUAAAUUUAUUUGGGGUACUGCAACAAGCGAUCCGUGAACGGAGUUGUUGACGAAAAACCAAUCGGUUUGAAGGAAGUGAGUCUGAUCAGUCUGAAAAAUGAUGUAAUUAGAAGAAGAAGAGAAAGAGAGAAAGAAGAAAAAGAGAAAAGAACUACGCUGUGUUGAUCCUCGUGUAAUCCGGCGAUCUCGUACGACCAUCCGCGAGCACGUGAACGUAGACGCGACUAUGUCGGACACAUCGGACAGCAGCAAGUACAAGUGGACGCCCGAGAGCACCGCGUUGCUGGUCUCGGUGUGGUCGGACCGGCAGGUGCAGAAGCAACUGGAAUUCGCUCCGCGGCCUCAGGUGAUCUGGGAGAAUAUCGCGCGAUACAUGAAGAAGAAGGGUUACAACGUAGCGGGCAAACAGUGUCGUUCGCGCAUGAAGCAAGUUCUGGUUUGUUAUCGCGAGGCCAAACGAGCGGGCACUCGCGCCGGUGUCGAGCAAUACUACGAGACCAUCGACCGUGUGUUGAGAAACAAACGUAUGGACCAGGUCGACGUCAACGUCGGUAUAGACACCGUAGAUUCGACUGCGAAUUACGUGAAGUCACCGCCGAAGGAUGUGAAAACCAACAAGAAUCUGCAGAUGAGAAUCAAAGAUCAAGAACCUGUGCAAUCUCUGUAUCGAACGGAAGCUCUGUCACCCACAUGGAUUCCGGGAGGAUGUGAAAACGAAUAUCCGGAUUCGCCCGAAUCGAAUGAGACCAUAGUACCGAAGUCCUACAGGGUUCUCUCUCCCACGAGAGACGUUGCUAUAAACACCGGCGAGCGUUUCGUUCAGAUCGGCAAUCGAGCGGUGCAGACGAAUCCGAUUGGAUCCGCGAGGGAGGAUCCGAUACCGGACGGUUAUCGACAAAAUCUACUUGGGCCUUAUACGUACGGCGAGAUUCCUUAUCAGAACGCGGUGCAAAAUGUGCAGAAUCAAAUUAUUCAGGAGAACAUGCAGCAGUAUCAGAACAUUCAGCGAAAUCUCGCGUGGAAUCAAUUGCCGCAGCAGAACGUGCUGGCGAACGAUCAACAACAAUUCGCUCUUCAACGAAAUGUGCACAAUCUGAAUCAGCAACGCUUGCUCAACGAAGCGAUGCGAAGCAACGCGAUGCCGGGUCUCAAUGUGGAAAACAUCAUUCGCCAGCAGAAUCAGCUGCAGCAAAGCGCGCCGUACGCGGAGAAUCGGGCUGUGCCGCAAGAACCUUUGCGCAAAGUCGCUUACGGACAGAAUUUGGCGUACAAACAGUAUCAGGAUAAUAUUGCUCGCUUGUCCGAACUGGUGAACAUGGCUAAACAAAACGGAUCGCCGGAUUAUUCGCCGGAUGUGUCGCAGAAUUUGAACGACGCUUUUUGCCAGUCGAAAAACGACGAAUCGAAAGCGCACAAAUUAAACGAGACGUACAAUCAUCAUGUUGAUUUCGAUAAUCUCUUACUGACGACCAACGCGGCCGACGCGACCGUCGUUACGAACAAUGCAACUUGCAACGACGACAGUAUGUUGUUGGAAUUUUUGCUGGAUUCGCCUCCGGAAUCCGAGAACGGUGCGAAGUCGCGGGACAGCGCCGUGAAUACGGACAACGUACCGAACGCGCCAUUUAGAAAAAAGAAGGCGCAAAAAAUAGAACAGCUCGUGCUCAGCGCCAUCAAUUCUCAAAACGAAGUUGUCAACAAAAUCUUAGCUGCGCAGAACGACAUGGUGACGCGAUUUCUCGACGUAGACAGAGAUCGUCAGAACAGGCUCGAGAAUCGAUUGGAUCACUUGCUGAACGUUGUACACGCCACGGUGUUAAACAAGAACGAAAACUCGUCACCGUCAUCAUCCUCACCGCCUUUACCAGAAACCGCAAUCACUUCUUUACUUCCACCACCGAAACCCGGAAUGAUUCCGCCCAAGUUGGACUUGGUCCCGCCGAAGCCUUGUCGCGUGCCAUGUACAAUACCGAACUCGAACGUCGAGUUGAUCAAUCAGAAUCCCACUCAGACCAGACCAGGCGUCGUGUCGCCGAUCGUCGCCAGUCCGGCAAGCAAAAAACUCGGCACAAUAUGGUCGAAACUGGGUCCCGUGUCCACGUCGCCUUUUGUAAAGGCCCAGCAACGUCUUGGCUUUCAACCUGUCUUCAAUAACGACGCGCGCACUCAGUCCUCGGCGGAGAGACGCAUAGCUCGGGAAGUUGACAAACAAUACGUGGACGCGCGAGUCUUGAUCUGCGAGACGGCCAAGUUGUUGGAGAUGGAGCGGGAGCUCGAGGAGAGAAUAGAGAACGCGCGGCUUGAAGUGAAUAUCGGUCAGGCGUUGACGGCGCGAAGAAAACUGUUCACGCAACGGGAACCGACUCCCAUGAUGAUACUCACCGCAGCGUUUCUGGACGGCGAGUCCCGCUCUUACGAUCAGGAUUCGCCUUAUCACGGCACUUGGGAGUCGCGAAAGAAAAUUCUGAAGUACGGGCCGAAGGAUAAUAUUCUAGCCGGACAGGGCGAGAGUUACGAGCGUAUGUGUCAGCUGAACGCGACGGCUCGACGUGCUCUGGGCGAACCGUGCGAUUCGUCGACUCCGGCCAAACUACCUGGCAGCGACGAAGUCGACAACAAAGUGCCGAAGCGUACUAUUCAACAACUGGCCCAAGUUGUAAUGAACAGCGAGAGAUGGCGGAAUCCCACAUUUUUGGAAAAUCAACAGCACAACCGAUUGACUCGUCGCGCAGCUUCGGCAAAUCAAGAUGAAGUCGAAUACAAUGUGACUUUUAGCGCCCCGAAGAUAAACGCGCCUCCGUCGUCGGAUCAACCGUUGGAGAAUGAUCUGCGCGGUCAGUCCAAGUUCCCGAUGGGUUUUACCACUGCUAUGUUAUCAUCGAACGAGCUCAAAUCAUCCGCGACCUUACCGAGACAAACAACAACAGGCAGAAAUUGGCCGAAAUCUGUCGAAUUUCUCGAAGACGUUCCGAAAACAACCGAUCGCAAGAAUAAUGUUCGUUUUAUGGACGAGGCGCUGGCCGAAUUACAACGAAUGCAUCUUGAACGACAGGCCGUCGUGGAGAGCGCCGUCGAGAUACCUGAGAUAUUACUGCCUUUCUUGAACGCCGGUAACGGUCCCAUAAACGUGCAGAAUCGCAAUUUAAUUGAGCGUUACGUGAACGACUUGGUAUCGAAGAAAUCGAUAAAAGAAAAGGAGAACACGGAUUCGGAAAACGAUGACGAAUAUCUCGACACUACCGCAACUAUGCAGACCUGCGUGGCGCGCAAAGGCUCACUGACGUCGAACGGCACGUCGGAAACCGCUCAGUCGUCAAAAGUCGGAAAAUCGUCGGUUAAUCACUGCAGAAUAAGUUAAUUGCAGAGAUUGACGAUUAUCUCAUACGUAGGUUUUUUUUUUUUAACUCUUGCGCGAUUGCGUCUUCCUGAUAGAUAAGUGCUCAAUUAUAAGCGGUUUCUUAUUUUUGUUACUUCACGACACAAUAAAUUUGUGUCCUCGUUUAAUUGUUAUUAUAUCAGCAAAUAUCUCAAACGGUCGUUCUAGAGAGUAGCUCAUCCUUCAGCGGAUGAAACUUGAAGUUAGUUGAUACGAUCUAACGUUUACGACAGAAACAAGAUAGUUUCUCUGUUUUGUGUAGAUCUUGCAAACAAUUGCACAAUUAUGCGUUGGCAACUGUCAAAUCCGUAAAAUUUGUAUUAAAAAAAAAAAAAAUAACAUUGGUUUUGUUUUAGGAAAAAAAAAACUGUAUAUACGAUAACAAAAAUAAUGACGAUCAAAUUGAGUUAAAAUAUAUACAAACAUUUGGGAGAAUAUACAGCCAGAUUUUGUGUGUAAAUUUACACACACAUUACACUAAAAAUAAUUCGAAUCAUGUAAACACGCAAAUUGAUUUACAAAUGGUGUAUCAAGUUAAUUAAGCCAUUAAUUUUUUCGCUUUAUUUGCGAUAUAUAUAUAUAGUAUAUAUAUAUUGUUUACGUGCUAUCAUGUGCAUUAUAUGACAUGUAUAUUAUAAUGUGCGUACUUACGUGCAAAUUUAUUUCAAUUAAGUAAUUUUAAUUAAGUAUCGCGCAAGAGAGAAAGGAGAAAUACUUGUUAAUUAUAUCCUUAAGAAAUAUGAUAUACUUACGGAAGCAAUCUCGUAUUUUUAUACAAUGACCAAUAAGAUUUAUAUGUACAAAUUAUGUUGUGUUCUGUUCCACACGCAAUAUUUGUUAUAUAAAAAAAAAAAAAACAAAUGUUCUAACAUGGGCUUCCGCUAUUGUGGUUACAUUAUAUUGAAUUUUAUUUGUAUAACCAACAAGUGCCUUGUUGCUAAUAAAGAAUUUGAUUUAUACGAA